CAUGUUUGCCGAAUCGCAAUGUUAUGAACGUUCGCUAAGCAUGUGGAUGGCUGUUUGUGUUGGGUGAUUGUGGUUGGUGUUUGGGACUUUGUUUGCUGUUUGCGGUGUUUGUGACAAACAGCCAGCGCGUGGAUCCGGCGUUACAGUUUGCCAUGAGUUCCGGACAAAAGUUAGGAUUCAAAUUAUUAAUAAUAUGUCAAUUGAUGUCAAGACAACUUUGGUCAUUCCGAAGAUAGCAGUGAGUUGAAAGACAUCGAAACAACCGUACCUUGACUUUCUGAACGAACCCCAAUUUCGAACUCCCGGUAUUCAAACAAACAUUAAUUACUUUACAACAUGCGAGCCAAAACUUGAGAGUGAAAAAAAAAGAUAGUUUUGGCGGGACAUACUGACACCACUGGUUUAGAUUUUAAAGUGAAAUAAUCACAGAGUAUCUUUGUUUAAACUUUAAACUAGAAAAACAAUUUAUAAUAAUAAAUACAGAUAAAUAUAUUCCCGUUACAGUAAAUAUUAUGUACCUAAUUUAUUCUACCAAGUACCUCGUGACUCGCAGUAAAAAUUAGCCAAAUUACAAACUUCUUUCAUUCUUCAUCAAAACUUUCAAAGUGCUUAAUAUAAAAUUGAUAUUUGUUGUGAAAAAAAAGUAAAUGUUGCAAAAUAGAUAUUACGUUAAAUUAAUAAUAUUAUGUUAAAAAGUUAAUGGAAAAUGUUUAGAUGAGGAGUAAAUUAAGAAUAAUAUAUUCCUAAUUCUCAGAAUUCUUGAAAAUAUUUUAAGAUUUAAGAGGAACAAUGAAGUUAACAUGCAAAGUAGAAGUGGUUAACAGGUUACAUAGUAAUUUGAAUAUUAAAUCAAAUGGAAAAUACAUUAAAUCUACAUUAGCAGUUGGAAAAGAACCAAAAGGCGAAACUGAAUAUUUCUUGCUGCAUUUUUCUCCAGCAAAUAAAUCGGGGACAAAGUACAGGGUAAAGUUUAUAAAACAAGUUUUCGUUAAAUUUAUAAAUGAAGGCAAGAUUACAAUUAGAUUUGAAGAUCCACCUCAUGAUUUAUGUGUGCAAUGUGAAGUAGUGCAGUUAAAAUGUUUUUUGAAUAUUUUGAAAUCUUGCAUAACUGGAAAGGCUAAAGAUGUUAAGGUUUCUAAUUUAUCUUCAAUUAGUGUGACUGCAAUAGAUAAUGCACCCACAAAGCUAGUUAUAAGAAGUCGGGCAGAUUUUACAACCAAAGGAUUUCCUCGGACAUUAGAAACACUCCACAUUGUAGGAAUUGGAUUGUGCAAUUUUCGUAGAGAAAUUUUAUCUCUUAUUCUGCUGACAGUUCUUGAUCUUAGCAAUAAUGAAAUAGAAAAGAUACCUUAUGAGUUUGCACGGAUGCCAAAUUUACGGGAGCUUUAUUUAGCAAAUAAUGCUUUGGGAAAACCUGAUGUAGUAGACUGGAGAUGGCUCUUAGGACCAAAGAUUACAACAACACUGAAGCUUCUAGAUCUAUGUGGGAAUAAGCUCAAACUAAUACCUAAUGAUAUAUGGAAACUACGGAGUUUAGUCACACUUAAGUUGGACAAUAACUUGAUACAUCAAUUACCAGCAUCAUUGGCAAGAUUGAGAGCUUUAAGAUACCUUACACUAAGUAGAAACAGCUUGGAAUCAUUACCAUGCAGCCUGUUUCAAUGUUCAUUUGAAGAUUUGGAUUUAUCUAUGAACAAAUUUGAUGACAGUAUAUCGACAGCCACAAAUAUAGAUUAUUCUCAGUGGGACUUAUGUGUGGGGAGUUUGGUGCAUAUUUCAGCAAAAGUAAUUUUAAAACAUAACAUGUUCUAUACACGGAAAACAAUUCCCUGGACGUUAGUUGAUAUGUUAGAUAAUGCUAAAAUGUGUAUAUGUGGCCGGCCAGUAUUGAAUGAUAUAUAUUUAUACAAAAGAAUUAACUUUGCUGACAAAUUUAAAGGUACUUCAUUGAUCAAAAAUAGCUUUACAAGUGAGAUUAAUUUUGAAUGUUAUUUUUGUUCACCCAAAUGUCUUUUGAAGUUAAACAGAUAAGGGAUAUUGUAAAUUAAAAUUGAUAAGUCUGAAUUUGUAGUCUGAGAGUUUUAAAAAAUGAAUUGGUAUUGAUGACUAAAAAACUUUACAUUUAUAAUUUAUUUUCUUUUAUGUAUUUGUUAAUUAUCACUUUUGCUCAUGAUUGGAAAAGGAAUUCAUUUCGAAUAUUACAAUUUCUCUCCAUUAAUAACUACAUCAAUGUUAAUAACUUAUGUGUUGUAAGUAAAUAAUUAUUGUAAAUCUAAAGGAAUUGUUUACAUACUACGAAUUAUUACAUUUGGGCAUGUAUACAAUAUUAAACUUAUUAAAUAUUUAUGUGAAA